AUGAGAAGAAAAUCGGUGAGUAUUGGUGGUGGUGGUGUGUGUACUACUUCGGCCCCAGCUUUCUUAUUCGGUGCAGCAAAGAAGCAGGCAAAAAAAUGUGAGAAUUCUUUCAGUAUAGUAUCAUCCCCCUCAACUGACAGGAACCCUCCUGCCGCAAAAUCUUAUCCCGCCCUUGAUGAGGCCGUGGUCCAUUUGCUGAUCACGGGCAAGUUUUCCGAGAAGUUCUCACUACAAGACGUCCAAAAGUGGGGGGAAUCCCCCGCCACAGAAUCUAUUGCGCUUAAGGCGUGGCGACCUUUUAGUACUGAAGCGGUCACUGAGGAGGCUCUCGCGAACCUGAACGAAUGGAAGGCCAACCCUGCAAAUCGCAUGCUAACUUUCUAA